CACGCGUCCCAGCAGCAUAUAAUCCGCCACCGCGAACUUGAACGGUUAAACUUGGCAUCGUCCACGGCCAUCGUCGAUUUGUCCCGCCCUAGCCCAGCCACAGCUCGAGAGAGGCAGCUAUCCGCUCGCGCCACGCCAAAUGGCCCAGCAUCUCCCACGGCCCCGCCAGAGGCUGGUGCUGUGACGCAACCCACUCUUUGUUGGUUGCAGCUUCGUCGCACACAGCGGCUCCACCCAAGCCGCAAAACAGGUUAUGCUGCCCUAUCGAGCGCCGUUGCGGCGCGAGCUACCCCUGCACGCAUACCUCAGGAGCUUGAAGACUCUACGUCAUGCUGGCAAAAUUGCCCAUCGCUGCCCUCAUCCCCCAUAAAGCUCUAGCUCCCCAUGCCCUCCCUUUUCUGGCUCUAAAAGACGACCUGCUCGUCAAUUGAUACAUGACCGAGAACUCAUCCAGUUCCUACACAUACUAUUCAUUUCCCCCGACUCCCAAUAGAAACUCGCCCCGCUCAACUCGCUCACGAUCCUUUUCGAGCACUGCAUCUGCUACUUCGCAACGCACUCUUAGGACUACCCGCGAGCCACUAGAAGAAGAAGACGACAGCAUGCCUUCCCCAGCAGCAGGAAAGGGUGACACCCCCCGCACCCCAACUAAGCUCGGACGGAAGCCCCAGCAGUCUGCUCCCAAGCUAGGCAAGAAGACACCACAGGCCGAGAAGCCGGAGAAAGAAGCUCCCAGUCUGCCCGAGCGCCCAUCGGACGAGACGCUGCGUGAGAAGGCGGCUGACGCACCAGAGAACGUGGAAGACACCAAGGGCCAGGCGGAAGAGGCCGCAGAAGACACCACAGAAGACACUACCGAAGACACACAAGGCAAGGUUUCGCAAGCCGGCGAUGAGCUGGAGCAGGCGGAGCCCAAGCCAAUCGAUGAGUCGGAAGACACCGCCAAGGAUGUCAAGGACACCGCGGACGACGCGGAAGAGGAGGCAGAGGAGACCGGCGAUGAUGCGACACAGAAAGCCGGAGAAGAGGGCGACACGAAUGAGAACACCGAGGACGACGCCACCGACACCGCUGGCGAGGCCGCUGAGAACGGCCAACAGCAGGGCGAAGGCGCACUAAGCGGCGCACGCGGACUUGCAGGCCGAGCAUCGAAUUUGGUUGGCAAGGGCACUCAGGACCCGGCCGGUGCCGCAAAAGACGCUGGAGAGGAAGCCCAGGACGCCGCUGGAGAUGCUGCCGAAGGUGCAAAGGAUACGGCGGACGGAGUCAAAGACACCGUCGAAGACACCACCGGUCAAGACCUUCCGGACACCCCCGAUCUGUCGAUCCUCAAAGGCCUCGAAGUCGACGAAGAGGGCAUGAUCAACGACAAAGACGGCAAUCCAAUCGGACGUCUCGUGGAAGGUGAUGCUGAAGACCUCGCCGGAUACGAGAUCGGCGAUAAUGGCGAGAUUCUCGAUGACGAUGGCGACCUCGUCGGCCGCUGCGAGGUCCUCCCAGAGGCUGCCCGCAAGCAGACGCAGCAAGCCCAGGACGCCGCUGGCGGCCCUAAGAUGCCCAAUAUCAGCAUUUUGAAGGGUCUCAAGGCGGACCGAUCUGGCCAGAUCCUGAACGAGGAUGGCGAUUUCGUCGGCCAUCUAGUUGAGGGUGACCCGGCCCAGAUUGAGGGCAUGGAGUUUGAUGAGAACGGUGAGAUUCGUGACGAGGACGGCAACCUGCUUGCCAAGGCGGAGCUCCACCCCGAUGCCGCCAACCUCGUUGACCAAGAGGAGGAGGGUGAGGAAGGAGAGGAGGGCGAAGGCGAGGGUGGCCUUGUUGAGGGCGCCGCGGGCCAAGCCCAAGAAACGGCGGAGGGCGCCGCUGAGGGUGCGGAGGAGGCGGCUGGAGACAUCGAGCCCGAGCUCCCAGGCGUUGAGGCCUUAGAGGGCAUGGAAGUCAAUACCGAGGGCGACGUUCUCAACGAUGAGGGCGAGGUUGUUGGCCACCUUGCGGAAGGCGACAUCGGCGACGCCAAGGGCCUCACUGUCAACGAGAACGGAGAGGUCGUCGAUGCUGACGGCAAUGUGCUCGGCAAGGUCGAACUUGCCGAGGGUGCUGCUGACAAGCUCAAGGAGGCCGCUGAGGGCGCGCUCGAUAUCCGCAUCUUGGAAGGCCUUAAAGUCAACAAGAAGGGCAAGGUUCUCGAUGCGGAAGGCGAGGAGAUUGGCGAGUUGAAAGAGGGUGAGGCCAAGGACUGUGCUGGCAAGACCAUAAACGACAAGGGCGAGGUUCUCGACAAGGACGGAAACGUCCUCGGCAAGGUUGGCGUCGUCUCUGGCGAGGCUGCCUUCGAAGCCAUGAAGGCGCUCAAGGAGCGUAUUGGUGACGCUGAGCCUGAGAUCAAGGAAGUCGAGGUUACCCCCGAUCUUGACAUCCUUGACGGACUGAAGGUCAACAAGAAGGGCCAGGUCUUGAAUGAGGAUGGUGAUCCUAUCGGAGAGCUCGUUGAGGGUGACAUCAAGGACUGUGCCGGCAAAAGGAUCAAUGAGAAGGGCGAGGUACUCGACAAGGACGGAAAUGUCAUUGGCAAAGUCAAAACCCUUCCCCAGAUGGUCGAGCAGAAGGUUGGUGAGGCUGAGGAAGCCGCCGACGAAGCUGGUGAAGCUGCGGAAGAAGCCGAAGAGGCUGCUGAAGAUGCAGAGGAGGGCGCUGAAUCUAACCUCCCGCCGCUCUCCAUCCUGGAAGGCCUGUCCGUCAACAAGUCCGGUAAGCUCAUCGAUUCCAAUGGUACCAUUGUUGGCGAGCUCGUUGAGGGCGAUGCCAAGAAGCUCUCCAAGUCUGGCCUCGUCUGCGAUGCUGAAGGACAGUUCUGGGACAACAAAGGCCAUGUCAUUGGUCGUGCGCAGACCGUGCCCCUGGAGGAGGGAGAGGAGGAAGCUCCAUUCGCCGGCCUCGAAGGCCUCAUUGUUGUCAAGGGAGGGUUUGUUGAAGAUGAGAACGGCAACCGCGUCGGGCAGGUUGUUGAGGGUGAUCCCAAGAAGCUCGUCGGCCGCGCUGUUGAUGAGGAUGGAGAUAUCCUAGACAAGAAGGGCUCAGUUGUUGGACAUGCUGAGCGUUACGACGAGCCAGAGGAAGAACCCGAGCCAGAGGAGGAGCCUGUCGACCUUUCCUUCCUCCAGGGCAAGACUGUCAACAAGCAGGGCAACGUCAUCGGGGACGAGGGCGUCCCCGUUGCUCGUCUCGUCGAGGGCAACCCUAAGGAGCUCGCCGGCAAGAAACUGGACGACCAAGGCCAGAUCUGGAACGACUCUGGCAAGGUUAUUGGACGUGUCGAGCUCAUUCCCGAGGAGGAGCGCGAAGCCAAGCCUGAAGGUCCUUUCGCCGGUCUUCAAGGUCUCCGCGUCAUCCCUGAUGGUAAGGUUGCUGAUGAGGACGACAACGUUGUUGGUGUUAUUAUUGAGGGAAACCCCAAGCGUCUUGUUGGCAUGGCUGUUGAUGAGGAUGGGGACAUUCUCGACAAGUAUGGCAAUGUCAAGGGCCAUGCUGAGCCGCUCGAGGAAGAGGAGGAAGUUCCCGAGGACCUCUCCAUCCUUGAUGGUCUCACACUCAACAAGCAGGGUAACCUCGUCGACCACAGCGGUGUGCCGGUUGGCCGCCUUGUCGAGGGCAACCUUGACGACCUUGUCGGUCGGAAGUCUGAUGGCGAGGGCAUAAUCCACAAUGACACUGGCAAGCCUGUCGGUCGCUGCGAGCUCAUUCCUGAGAACGAGCGUGUCACUCGUAAGGAAGGUCCUUUCGCAGGCCUGGAAGGUUUACGCGUGGUCAAGGACGGAUUCGUCGAAGAUGGCGAUGGCAAUCGUGUUGGUCAGAUCGUUGAAGGCGACCCUAAGCGCCUGAUCGGUAACACUGUUGACGAAGACGGCGACAUUAUCGACAAAUACGGCAAUGUCAAGGGUCACGCCGAGCCUUACGAGGAGCCAGAAGAGGAAGAAGUCGACCUUAGCGCGCUGGCCGGCUGCACCGUCAACAAGGCUGGCAACGUCGUUGACUCUUCUGGGACAAUCCUUGGACGUGUUGCUGAGGGUGACCCAUCCACCAUGAUCGGCAAGAAGGUCGACGGCAAGGGCCAGAUCUGGGACAACGAAGGCAAUGUCAUCGGUCGCGCCGAGCUGGUCAAGGGCGUCGCAUCUGGCCCUGAAGGACCUUUCGCCGGCUUCGACAACAACAUCGUUGCCAAGGACGGAACCGUUCAGACUGCUGAUGGCGAGAUCAUCGGUCGUGUCAUCGAGGGCGAUAUCAAGAAGUUGCAAGGCCACCAUGUCGAUGAGGACGGUGACAUCAACGACAAGAACGGAAACGUCAUCGGCAAGGCUGAACGCUGGGAGCCCGAGGAGAAGGAGCGUCGCAUCAACCCCAUGUCGGGCAUGCGCGUCAAUAAGGACGGCGAGGUACGUGACGAGAACGGCGACCUCAUUGGUCGACUCACCGCUGGUGAUCUUGGACACUGCGCGGGACUUGAGAUCGACGACAACGGCUAUGUUGUCGACAACGACGGCAACAAGGUCGGCGAGGUCACGCUCUUGGAAAAUAUCCAGGAAGAGGAGCCCGAGGAUGAGACUGAGGAGGAGAAGAAGAGGCGCGAGGACGCUGAGCUCGCUGACAAGAUGGCCAACAUCUGCCAGCAGACGCUCGAGCGCAUCCAGCCCGUCUGCAAGCAGAUCACCGAGUACAUCGAGCAAGCAGACCGCACACCGCGCGACGAGCUCGACGAAGAAGAGCUCGUCAACAACGUCAAGCCCCUCAUUGAAGAAGGCGGCCGCAUCCUGCAAGAGUGUAACGGCUCACUGCGCGGCCUCGACCCUGAUGGCCGCAUUGCCGCGCAGGCCAAGGGCCGCAGCCAGACGCGCGACGCCACGCCCGAGGAAUACCGGCUCGCGGACCUGCUCAAGGAGAUCACCACUUCGGUCGUCACCACCAUCGACAACGCAAAGAAGAAGAUCAGCGACAUGCCGCAUGCGAAGAAGAAGCUGAACCCGCUGUGGGCGCUGCUUACGGAGCCGCUCUUCCAGAUCAUCGCUGCCGUGGGGCUGUUGCUCACCGGUGUGCUGAACUUGGUCGGACGACUACUCAACGGCCUGGGCCUUGGUGGUCUCGUCAACGGACUGCUGGGCGGCCUUGGUAUCGACAAGCUGCUUGGCGGUCUCGGUUUGGGUAGCUUGACGGAGAUGCUGGGUGGUGGGAAGAAGGAGAAGAAGAAGGGUGGCGGAGGUGGUCUGCCGCUCGUGGGCGGUCUGAUGGGUGGAAAGUAAAGCUUUCAUCCCAUCCCAUCCCAUCGCAGUGCAUAUUUUCUCUAUUGGUCCAGAUUGUGGAGGAUUGAUACCACGUCGAAGCCACCGCGCUCUUAGACAUGAACCUAAGGAUCGGGGGGUCUGAGGGCGAGUGUUUUGAGGGUGUGGUGGCCCUGAGGCACGGAUGAUGUUGGCAAAAAGCUUUUAUGACCUUGAUGGCUCGUCAGCUAUGAUGGAAUUUUCCUUUGGUUACAUACCGGAUGGGUUUUGGCUUUAGCUAAGGCGUUUAUUUGGAUGGGAAAGGGUAUGUGGAUGGUUGGACGGUUAUUGUUUAGUGCUGUUGUAUGAUUAGUUCGGGUAAUGAGAGUUUUUUACUUCA